AUAAUAGAAUCUCUCUCACUCACUCACUCGCCAAUCAAUCCCUUUUCCCAUUUUCCUUCUCUUUCUCUAAGAAAAAUCCCUGCAUUCUUUAACUCAAAAACCCCAUUUGAGUAAUUAAUUCCAUAAACAAUUCAAAGCAACCCCACAGAAAAGAAAAUCUUGAAAGCGCGUGAAAAAAAAGAAGAAAAUUUGUUAGUUGCUUUGGAGAUCAUUCUCGUUUUAUCCUUGAAUGCCAGUACUACUGACAUUUUCGCAGAUUUAUAUUAUUACUUACUACCAUAAAUCUCGAUCCCAUUUGUCCUAAUUUUUUCUCUCCUCUUUCUUCUGUUUGGAUGAGACCCUCUUUUCUCUGAUCCUUUUAUCUCUUGCUCUGAUCCUAUUUCUUCUGUUUGGACGAGACCCUGUUUUUUCUGAUCCUCCUCCUUUUUAUCUCUUUCUCCGUGAAUCGUUUUCUUGGAUCACCCAAAGGAUUUUCCUUUAAAUAGAAUGAGUUAAUUUGGUUGGUAGAGUAAUUUAACCAAAACCCAUCAAGGACAAAAGAGAGUUGUUUCAAAUUCCGAGCUCUUUUUUUUUUUAGUUUAAGCUUUUUGAGUAUUUUUGCAGAGAUCAAACAAGUAUGGGAAAAACCAAUAGUAGUAGAGAUUGGACUCAGAUCUAUGCAAUUUACGGCAUGGACCAGUGGCAAACACUUGUUUUCCUUUUGUUCCAUGCUGUUUUUUUCUCCCUACUUUCAGUCCUCUUCCUUUUAUACUUCGAAUCCAUUUUCCACUUCUUCCAAACUUUCCUCUCCAGUCCCGGUGCAGCCCGUUUCGCCGCCGGGUUCAGCGGCGGCGUCACGGCUAUUUCCGCAGUGUGUUUGUUUUUCGCGGCCGCCAACUUUUUUUACUCCGCCGGGCCGCUGCAUUACGACAUGGCUCAACGGAUGGUGGGGUCGGUUAAUGACUGGUCGACCGUGAAGCUAGCGCUUGAUAUUGGGUGCGGCAGAGGGAUUCUUCUCAAUGCGGUGGCGACCCAACUGAAAAAAACUGGUAGUUCGGGUCGGGUUGUUGGGUUGGAUCCGUCUAAACGAACUACUUUGUCUACGCUACGAACCGCCAACGUUGAAGGUGUGGGGGAGUAUGUGACGUGCAGGGAAGGCGAUGUGAGGAGCCUCCCGUUUGGGGAUAACUACUUCGACGUGGUGGUUUCCGCCGUGUUCGUGCACACCGUUGGGAAAGAAUACGGCCACCGGACGGUGGAAGCAGCGGCGGAGAGGAUGAGGGUGUUGGGGGAGAUGGUGAGGGUGUUGAAGCCCGGUGGAGUGGGGGUUUUGUGGGACCUCCUCCACGUGCCGGAAUACGUGCGGCGGUUGCAAGAACUGAAGAUGGAAGACAUUAGGGUUUCGGAGCGUGUAACUGCCUUCAUGGUUAGCAGCCACAUGGUAUCAUUUCGGAAGCCGAGUCAGCAUGUUGUGGGUCCCGGUGAAGUCCGCUUGGACUGGAGAUGCUGACAUGGAAAUUAUCCAAGUGAAAUUAUAAGUAAAAAUAUAUACUCCCUAGUUAUAUAUAUAUAUAUUAUAUGAAAAACGGAUUAAGAAAAAUGAAAAAUUAUACAUAAAAUUGAGAGCCUUUAUUUUUAUUUUUUUAAAAUUCUGGGGAGACGAAGCCAAACCAGAUGUUUUUGUUAAAAAAUAAUAUAUACGUAAUAUGGUUAUCAAUUAUAAAUAUACUAAUGUAGUUGGAAGUUGUGAAUAAUGAAUUAAGUUUUAUUUUUCAA